AUGGAGGAAUGCGAAUGUGACAACGGAGCGGCGGGAGAUCGAGUAGAAAGAUCGAGGAAAGAGAGCAGCAGCAGCAGCAGCAGCAGCAGCAGGACUCUCCAAGCUACUUGCUCGACUUGCAACCGAGUUCUUCGAAACGAAAAUUGCGUAGUUGUCGCGAGCGGAUGAUUCGAUGCGCACACUCCCGCGCGUUCCCUUUGUGUUAUUUUCGGGCGGAAUCACCGUUCGAAGCUUUAAAUAGGACCGUCUUUCCGACAAAGAAGGCAGUUUACAACAUCAAUUCUACAUGCUGGAGCAUCGCAGAGCAUUCACCGUGA